AUGUCGCUGUUUGGGAGUCAAGAGGCUGAGAUCACCGAUGUUGGUCAAGACACUUUCAAAGUCUCAGUUGUUAACAAGACCAAAUGGUUCGCUCCUUUCCCAGGUGCCUUUGCCUAUUUGUACUUCAUCACUCCAGCAUUGUUCUUACAGUCUCAUCCGUUCACAGUCUUCCAAUCCAUCAAGAACAAGAACCAAGCUUUGAUCUUCAUCAAGACCAAGACCGGUGUCACCAAGAGAAUCAAGGAGAAGAUUGACACCACUUCAGAUGGCAAAUUGAAACUA